UGAGUUUGGGAUAUUCAAUAAUUUAUCUCGGUUUUACUGACGAAUAAAAGCGCUGCGAUAUAAUCAGCUUGAAGAUAAUACACACAGCCAUACAGGUGCCAGUCGGAUCAAAAAUAAUAACGACCCAGAAUUUUAUACGUCUAAGAACUGUCUACUUGGCAGCAUUCACCAAAAUUAUUAAACCCUUCACAAAUAAAAAAGUUUUCCAUACAAGAAUUUGAUUUUGAUCGUUAAGUUUGAAUGGCAGCUAUAUGCUAUAGUGGUCCGAUCUGAGCAAUUUAUUCGAAGCUUGAAACGUUGCCUUAGACAAGAAUUCAUGCCAAAUUUCGUGAGGAUAUCUUGUCAAACAAAAAAGUUUUCAAUACAAGAACUUGAUUUUGAUCAGACAGUUUGUAUGACAGCUAUAUGCUUAAGUUGUCCAAUAUUUGCGGUUACUAAAAAUGAGCAGCUUUAUAUGAAUAAAAGCACAUAUGAAGAUUUUCAGAUCGGAAUCACAAAAUUGAGGGACUUUUUCGUAUAUAUACCGACGGACAUGGCUAUAUCGACUCAGCUCGGCGUACUGAUCAUUAAUAUAUAAGAUUAUAGAGUCUCCGAGGUUUCCUUCUGGGUGUUACAAACUUUGUGGCACACUUCAAAUACCCUGUUAAAGAUCAGCGCAUCGCAAGCAGUCGAGAUACAAGAAUGAAAAAGAAAAACCAAAAAUAUCAUAAGAGAAACACAGCAAAACGCUAAACAGAAAGUAAACUAACAGCGAAAUGUUAAUGGAAAUGUAAAAAUUCUUAGAGUGCACAAGUCGUAAUUAAUAUUUAUUUUUGUGCUCUACGAAUAUGUUGAAAAAUAUUUUAUGAUAAUUUUCUGAAAAACAACCAACUUGUUUCGUCAAAAUAUGCUUACAAUUCCUUGAUAAAUAUUUAUCAAUGCUGCGCGCAAAAACAAAGUCGGAAGCCGUAAAGAAGCCCAUUGAAAAACAGCUGAUUUGGCGCCAAUGUUACCACAUGCAAGCGUGCACAGCAGCAGACGGUGUUAUAUUAAUUCAUUAAAUUACAACCAUUUCUUUUAGUUAUGGAAUAGUACAGUGAUAAUAAGUUAAAUAAAAUAAAUUUUGACAUGUUCAAUAUGCCGUUAAUACGCCGUAGUCUGCAAAAAGUGCGCGGGAUAUAUCAAUUGGUGGCUAAUCAAAGCAGAGCGAGUGUACCAAGAUUUCCACGAGUUGCAUCAGCUUGCUUUCAUCUGAAUCAUGCAAGUGCCGCUAAAGUGUUUGUUGACAAAGAGAAUAAACAUGCACAUGAAGUGUUGGUGCAAUCACUGAAACCCUAUCAAAUCUUCCGCUUGGAUGCAACCACACCACCAACAAACGAACCUGUUGCAUCAGAACUGCCUGCAUUGGUGUCAACUUCGGAUCUGUCUCGUGUAACUUUUGAAGAAGUCUUUGACACAUUCAACGCCUUGGCACAUUAUUGCAUAAGGACAAACACCUGCAUUUCUGACAGCCGUUUCGAACAAUUCUGUCAAUUUUUCUGUGAACAAACUCAUAAACUCAGCGAUGAGCAAUUGCUAUCCGCGUUACGACUACUAUCCCAACUGCCAACAGAGGCAUCGGUGCGUGAACCCAACUAUAUGCAUUUGUGGAAUAAUUUGGAUGUGGAGUGCUGCCGCCGCGUUGAGCGCUGGUCCAACGAUGAGCUGCUAUUGGUUUGUGAUGCUUGGUACACAUUGAAUUUGGCGCGUGUUUGUGAAUUUGUCUGGGAGGCAUUACGUAAGCUGGGCCGCAAGUUACGACGCAUGCAAUCUGAACAGCUGGUGCAAGCCAUGUUUUAUUGCAAUGUGCUCCGCCGACCUGUAUUCGAAAUGUUUGAUUUUGAAGUGAAUUUAGCACGUUUUGUUGACACAAUGACACUACAGGAGUUGGGUGUAAUGUCAAUGGGUUUCUUCAAGACACAAACACCUAUACGUAAUCCUGAACUGUUGGAUCACUUGUUCAAACGUCUGAUAGCGGAAAUACAAACAGUAGAUGAUAUCACAUUGGUGGCAAUAUUAAAAGUACUGCGUUAUAGCAGUAAACUGCCACAAGUGCGACAGGUGAUGGAGCUGAUGGAAGUGUUACAAACACAAAUAUCUCGCAUCUCAUUAAUGAGCUGCUUGCAUGUUGCGCUUUUCGGUGUGGAGCUGCAGUGCUGUCAUGAUGGCGUUCUAGAGUUGGUACUACAACGUUUUAAUCAAGACAUCGAAAAUGCACGCUUAAAAGAUAUGGAACGCAUAUGCUUGGCAAUAUCUGUGUUUAACUAUCGCAGCCCAACAGGUGUGGAACAAGAGUUGUGUGCUAAAAUUCUGUCUCUGCUUGAAACCAAAGUCGAUGAAAUCUUGAAAUAUCCGCGUUGUUUCGUCGCUUGCUUGUAUUAUUUGACUUUAUGUGGUCAUUCUAAUGAAGAGAUGAUAACAUCUGUGUUAGAUAAGCGAUUUGUAGAUCUUGCUUAUGGUAAAAAUAUGACCAUCGGCCGUGAAAUAUUUAAUUUAGACUCUUUUGUGAAAAUAAAUUUAAAGGCCUCUAACUAUGAGGGCAAUGAAUUGCCCGAAAAACGGCGACGUUCCAUGGGCAAAAUGCUGACGCAGUAUAUACCUGAACGUAAUCAAAAGUUUAGACUACAUAAAACAGAUCGCAUUCUCUUAGAGAUUAAGGAGGCUCUAGAGCGCAUACUGCGCCCUAAUACAUUGAAACACAUAUUGCCACAUUUCGAGCGGCCCGAUGUCGUUGUUUGCUAUAAUAACACGCUGCGUCAGACAAUACCACUUGCAGCUGACUGUCCGGAGGAUUAUAGCGGCGCAAUCUUGACACGCAAUCUGCUGUUAGGUGAGUCAGAAAAAACGGAUGUGGCCACCAUUGCUGUUGUCAUAGUUGGCUGGAACAAUGUCGUAAAGGAUAAACAAAGAUUCACGGGAUUAUUUGAGAUGAAACUGAAGCAAUUGCGUAUGCUAGGACAUAAACCGAUUUUGAUAUAUUGGCACGAAUGGCGCGCUUUGGAGACCCCCACGGAUCGUCAACAAUUCUUGAAAAGAAAAUUAGCCAAUACAAUAAAUUUGUAACAUUAAAUGUACAAAUAACCGUACUAAUAUUAGUUAGCAAAUCAUAUACCUAAGGAACACAAUGUAAAAUCAAAUGUUGAAAAGAAC